AGUCCAAAAAUAAAGUCACAAAGGAAAAACUUUCCCAGAAUGAUGUCCUUGGCCACGCUUGGCCAAACUGGAGCCCGACAAGCUCUGUCAUGGACCCGGGGCCGAUUCAUGAAGAAAGAAAUGCACUUCUAUUCCAGAACGUCUCUCUUUUUGUGUUCCCCAUCCUCCUCCUCCUCCUCCAGCUUCCUCAGACACUUCAGUGUCUCCCAUCGGAACGCUUCCCCUCCGACGGGGAAUAAAGCGCCGUCCUACAGCUAUGUUAUCGUGGGCGCGGGCUCAGCGGGCUGUGUACUUGCAAACCGCCUGUCUGAGGACGCCCAUGAGUCUGUGCUGCUGCUGGAGGCCGGACCCAAGGACCUGUGGCUGGGCAGCAAGCGUCUCACAUGGAAGAUCCACAUGCCAGCCGCCCUGACCUACAACCUCUGUGAUGACAAGGUGAACUGGUUCUACCACACUUUACCUCAGGCCCACAUGAACAACCGGGUGAUGUACUGGCCCAGGGGCCGCGUCUGGGGGGGGUCCUCGUCGCUUAAUGCCAUGGUGUACAUCCGCGGCCACGCUGAGGAUUACAACCGCUGGCAGAGAGAGGGCGCUGAGGGCUGGGAUUACGACCACUGCCUGCCGUACUUCAGAAAAGCUCAGUGUCACGAGCUGGGAGAAAACAGGUAUCGAGGUGGGGACGGACCUCUACAUGUUUCCAGAGGGAAAACCAACCAUCCCCUUCACGCUGCGUUCAUCGAGGCGGGGCAGCAGGCGGGAUACCCCUUCACCGACGACAUGAACGGAUACCAGCAGGAAGGCCUGGGCUGGAUGGACAUGACCAUUAAUAAAGGACAGAGGUGGAGCACCGCCAGCGCCUACCUGAGGCCUGCCCUGAGCCGACCCAACCUGCAGGCAGAAGUGCGCUGUCUGACCACCAAGAUACUGUUUGAGGGCAGCCGAGCUGUGGGAGUUGAAUACACACAGAACGGAGAAAGCAAGAAGGUCUUCGCAGAGAAAGAGGUGAUCCUGAGUGGAGGGGCAAUUAACUCUCCUCAACUUCUCAUGCUGUCCGGGGUCGGAAACGCAGAUGAUCUGAAGCAACACAGCAUCCCUGUGAUCCAGCACUUACCAGGCGUUGGCAGUAACCUGCAGGACCACCUGGAGCUGUACGUGCAGCAGCAGUGCACCAAGCCCAUCACCCUGUACAAGGCCCAGAAACCCUUCCGGAUGAUAAAGAUCGGCCUGGAGUGGCUCACGAUGUUCACAGGCUAUGGAGCCACGGCCCACCUGGAGAGCGGAGGCUUCAUCCGCAGCCGGCCUCAUGUCGCCCACCCCGACAUCCAGUUUCACUUCCUGCCCUCACAAGUCAUCGACCACGGGCGAGUUCCCUCCAAGAUCGAGGCUUAUCAGGUUCAUGUCGGACCAAUGAGAAGCACCAGUGUCGGCUGGAUGAAGCUGAAGAGCGCAAACCCUCUGGACCAUCCCAUCCUGCAGCCGAACUACCUCUCCACCGAGAUCGAUGUGUGGGAGUUCAGGCAGAGCGUGAAGCUCUCCAGAGAGAUCUUCGCCCAGAAGGCCUUCGAUCCGUUCCGUGGCGCCGAAGUCCAGCCGGGCCCUCAGGUCCAGUCCGACGCCGACAUCGACGCCUUCGUCCGGCAGAAGGCCGACAGCGCCUACCACCCGUCCUGCACCUGCAAGAUGGGCUCGCCGUCCGACCCCGCGGCCGUGGUGGACUCUAGCACGCGCGUGCUGGGGCUGGAGCGGCUGCGCGUGGUCGACGCCUCCAUCAUGCCCAGCGUCGUCAGCGGCAACCUGAACGCCCCCACCAUCAUGAUGGCCGAGAAGGCGGCGGACAUCAUCAGAGGACGGCCCCCUCUGGUGGACCCGGGCGUCCCCGUGUACCGACCCCCGACGCUCGAAACGCAGAGAUGAACCGCAUGAAGGGAAAGCAGUGAAGGAGGAGGAGCUCGCCGGUCAGAAAAUAAUCAGUCGCCUCUAAUCUGAACCUCAUUCACUUACAGGUAGCUCAUGGCCAACUGGCCUCUGAUUGCAAAACUGCCACUUGAUUCAAAUCGUAAAGAUUCGCUAAUUUUCAGGUUUAGUAGCUUUGAUAACCAUCUAAAUUUUUACAUCGACAUGAAAUCCUCAAACAUCAAAGUAUCUUUUUUUUCAAGCUAAUGGAUCCCAACAAUGAGAAAAAAUGAGUCAGUAAUAGUUAUUCCACAGCUGCGUUGGCCGCGCUUUCUGUCAGCAGAUCAGUCUCUCAACGCACUGAAUGACGUUACGGUCACGACUUCUUGCCUGUUUUUAAAUUGGUCAAUUUUAUCCAGUUUUGGUUAUUUUCUUCAUUAGCACUUUUACAUGGCAGUAGUCCAGGAUGAAUCCAAUUUGAGACGAACAAUUCAUAGUUCUAACAUAAGGUGGAAAAAGAGUUAGACUCGCUGUGGUUUUGUUGUAUUUUUUUUUCUUUCUUUUUUUUUUGCCAAAGAUUUUAAAAAAUUUAGCUUUGAAACAGCUGCAUUGUUAAACAUUUCUCAGUCUGCUGUUUCAUGACAUUUAGCAACAAAAGCAUCUAAUGAUUUAUCCACAAAAGAGGAGAGUAAACGUUCUGCCUCCACUUGCAAAAUGCUUUAGCGGAAAAAUGUGUUCACUAUUUAAAUUUCUCAAAGAGAUUAGAUGAAGAAAGACACGACAGAAUUCCGUUACUGAAGAUUUAAUACGGCCUCGGAGAGUGACGCAUUCGUCUUUAUCAGAUACUUCAUUAUAUUGUAACUUAAAAGUGAUACUCUGAUGAACUUUGACAACAUUUACACUAUUUAUCAUGGAUUUAACAAAAAGCAUCUGAAUGCAAUUGCAAUUGCCUAAAAGUUGGCACGUUGCCUUUUAAUGUACCUUGAAAACCAGAUGCAAUGCUUUGUAAUCCUCAUAAACCUUUUUAUUCCCAACAGAGUAACAGAUUAGGUGUUGAAACUUUUAGUAUUCAGUGGUGAGUAUGAGUUCAUUUUGAAACUGAGGAACGCCUCCUGAAAGCGCGGGGACAGGAUCGUGUUACCUUUGAAUCCUUGUGUUUGUAAAUGUGUGUAAAGCCAGCACAUGCAGCGGAGAGGCACGGCGGCUCUCUGAAACGCUCCUUGUCGUGCAGUCAUGUAACGGCCUGUUCGGACAGAGGCGGAGAACGCCGUCGGAAUGUGUCGGGAAGGUGUCUUGACAAAAGCUUUCUUGCCCGAACAGAAGACAGAUGAUUAAUAAUAGAAACCUGUUGUCUGGUUUGCAUGAAUGCCCAGUUUAGUGCCUCUAAACUGACGGCAGUCUCAUUUCUUGUCAGCAGCCGUUAUUUCCCGACAGACGAUAAUACUCAUUUAAAAUAGCGAUAAAUAUAAAUAUAACUGACAUCCACCCCGAUCCCAGCUGACGAUGGGUGAGAAUCCUCAAACACUCACAUUCACACCUACCUGUAGUUUAGAGUCAUGAAAAACAUGUUUUUGGACCGAAGUUUCUACCUGUGUGAACAAACAGGGAACAUGAGCCUCGGGACUCGGACUGGGAUCCUCUCACUGUGAGGGGGCAGUGCCAACCACUACACCACUGUGCAGCCUGAAGUGCCGUAACACUACAGGUCCCAUCUUUCUAUUGGGAACUAAAUCUGUUCAAGGGUGCAAUUCGUUCACGGAAACCUUUCAAACCAGAUUUUAGAUUAAAUGUGAUAAUGAGAGGAUAUUCCGGUGUCAGAAAUGACUUCUCUCCCCCUGUACCCUGUUAAACCAGUCCGGCCUGUCGGCUGCCAGCUGCUCACGUCUGAUUUAAACUCUAAUCUGGCUCCCAGCCGCAUUCUGAGAUAACGUUUUCCUGUUCAGAUUUAAUGUUUACGUCCGUUCCAACCUGUUUGCAGCAUCAUCUCUUUUACCGACACAUGUGAAAUCUGUCCGAGAGGAUUAGAUCUGAUUCUUAAUGUUUUUUGGAAAUCUUUUUUUUUUUUUAAUGUUUACAGGAAGAGUUUUGAAGAUAACUUUGACGCAUUACACCGUUGUUGCCUUUAAGCUGACUGUCGUCUGUGCUGGUUGCAAUAUAAUUGUAUACAUUACAUGAAUUAAGCAUGUUUCAGUGUAAUCCAGUCAGAAACAAGUUCAAUGUGAAGAUUUUUAAAAUGCAGUAUUAAUUAAAUAAUCUUACAGUGAUGUUUUAUUGAGCUUUGCACUACGCUGUAGAGUUGAAUUACUGUGAUAAAUGAUGUUUACGUGCUGAAGCAGUCUUACAUGAAGGGACCCAGCGUGUUCAACGGGCCGUCCUGACCUUGUCCUCGUCACUUUAUUCAGCUGUCAUUACAAAAAAAAAAUCCACAGGUUUAUUGUCUCAUCAGGCAAAAA